AUCAACUGUCACUUUGUAUCGUGAAGAUUAGAAAUAAAUUAUCUGCACCGGACGAGACCGUGAGUCGCUGGCUGGCCUGGUUGCGUUAAGGUAACACUGUUGUCAUGGAUACAAUCAGCUGAAGGCAACAGAUGAAUAAAAUGAGCAAAACAUGGGUUCUGGUGGAAUGGAGGGAGGAGCCUCCCACCUAUGAUAUUGUCCCUAAAAAGGACAUACUAAAAAAAAAGUUUGAAUCUGGAGAUGUUGUGGAUGUGGCUUAUGAAGAGGAAAGUUCCCCAGCCACAGUUAUAGAUAUUGAUGAGAGCAAAGAUACCCUCAGGAGGAGGAUGUUUAGGCUAGAGGGGAAAAGAAAAAAUCAGCCAUGUUUGCAAAAUGAUGCAAAAAGAGUAGCAAAGAAAAAAAAAACGUACACUCCAACUCAGUCCCCAUCUCACUCCAAAACGUCCUCAUCUGAUCAAGAGCCUCCAGUCAAACAUCAAGUCAUCCACCGAAAGGACAGUAUGUUAAUGCAAGAGAUUAACAGCAUGGAGAGUCAAGCUGAAGAGCAUUCAAGCCGAGAAACUCAACUUGAGAGAGAAAUUCUCAAAUUAAAAAAAGAAAAUGAGAAUCUAAGAGCACUUAAUAUAGCUCUGCAACAAGAAAUUCUUCCAAUGCUCAAGUGCAGCAUGAACCAGGACACUCGUCUUGUUGCUCAACAACCACAAGAUUCAAGUCAGAAGAAUCCCCCUGAAAAGACACAGGGGCUAGGAAUUAGUUCAGCUGUACUGACAAGUUGUGGACGGGGGGGCACAUCAUGUUCUGCCAUGGUGAAAGAUCUGGCAGUGGCAGUGUUUGGGAGAGAGACACUGGCCACACAUGGGCUGUCUGGAAGGGCUGGCAAUGCUAACACAGGCACUUUGGCAAAGCCAGCUCUUGACCAGGACAAAGUUGUAAUGAUCCUAGACACAGUACAAAAAAAGUUCCCAGAUGUUCCAAAAAAGUUCAUCAGGGCAGCACUAAGAGAAAAGUUAAAUGAUGAGCACAAGUUACGAGUAAGGAAAACAGUGUAGAGGCUUCAUUUGGCUGUGAAUUGGUCUCUGCUUCGCUCUGCUCUUACAGUUUCAAUAAAUACAAUAAAUAAUUUGUGAAAA